AUGCCAUUUGAAGUCACCACAGAAUUACCGUUUACAUUGACUGUAUUACAUACAGGUUAUGUUGUUAUUCAAUCACCAUUAUUCUGUCAAUUUUGGAUUGUAUACAAUUAUUCAGUCAUUGUUAUUGGUUUAAUGUACAUGGCUUAUGGAUGUAUUCAACGUUAUUUCUUGAUUUUUCACCGAGUAUUUUUUCAGCAACAUCUCAUUUUCUUUCACUAUACUCCAUUAGUUAUCUUUUUGAUUUAUCCACUUUUGUUGUAUUUCGGAUUGGUUGUUAUUUAUCCAUGUGAAGCGACUUUCGAUUAUACACAAUUUGUUUGUGGAGGUGGAUGUUAUGAAUAUCAGUUUACUCUUGGUUUGUUUGAUUGGCUUUCUAAUGUUUUUGGUCCUGUAAGUAUUGGUGUCAUUGCAACAACACUACUUAUUGUUCGUGUUCUUAUUCAAAAACGGCGAGUACAUCAACGAGAAAUCUGGCGACGAAAUCGUAAAAUGGUCGUUCAAUUAGCAUCGAUUUCGAUAAUGUACGUCAUCAUUUGGAUUCCAAAUGUUAUUUGUUUUAUUGUUCCAUUGAUUGUUUCAAGCCCUCUCUCAUCUCAAAUAGAAACUGGUUUUCUUAAUUACUUGCAAUACAUGAUUUGUCUACUCUGCCCAUUUAUGUGCCUCAUUGGAUUACCUGAAAUACGUGAUUCUUUUAAAAAAAAAUUCAUUCGAUUACGUUCUGUCCAACCACAAACUCAAGAUCCUACCAAAAUAGUUGCAGCUCCACAACUUCGUCAAUAG